UUUAAAGCACAUGCGCAUAAUCCUAAAAUCACCGGGUAAACUUGAUACAAAUUAUUUUGUGCAUAGAAUUGCAGAAAGAAAAAGUAAUGGAACAUGACCCUAUAUCCCCUCUUGCAGGAUCGAAUCGCUUCACCACGCUAACCAGUGACACUACUACAAACCCAAAAAUACAGACAGAAAGGAUGAUGACUGAUGGUGUAAUGAAUAGACCAAAGAUGGCAACAAAAGAAAAAGAUCCUGUUGAAGAAAUGGAAGAUGGUGAAGAAGAGGAGGAAGAAUAUACAGUGGAAAAAGUUCAAGAUUCAAGGAUGAAAAAUGGAAAAAAAGAAUAUUUACUCAAAUGGAAAGGAUAUCCAGAUUCAGAAAAUACAUGGGAACCUAUGGAAAACCUAGACUGUCCUGAUCUCAUAGAGGAGUUUGAAGAAAAGAAAAAGAAGAAAGAUUUGGAAAAGAAAAGAAAAUCAACCAAUGGACCAGAUGAGGGAGCAGCAAAAAAGAAAAAAAAAGUGGCAGACGCUAAAUCCACCGUAAGGAAGGAAGAGGAUAACAAACCACGAGGAUUUGACAGAGGGCUACAGCCAGAAAGAAUUAUAGGUGCAACAGACAGUUCUGGGGAACUAAUGUUCUUAAUGAAAUGGAAAGACAGUGAUGAAGCAGAUUUAGUGCCAGCACGACAAGCAAAUGUUAAAUGUCCACAGAUUGUUAUAGCAUUUUAUGAAGAAAGACUUACGUGGCAUACACACAAUGAUAAUGAAGACGAAGAUAACAAAGACGACUCUAAAUCAUAAGGCUGUAUCUUGUUCAUUAAAGUAGGGGAUCAGAACAUCUCUUGUCAACCAGCAGAUAUUUUGCACAUACUUUAGUGCUGUUUUUACAUUCAGGUUUUUAAAUACUUGUAUGUGAGCUGUGGUUGUGGUAGCAAAAAAAGUUGGAAUUUUUAAAUUAUUGGAAAAGUUAAUAUUAAUUAAGAACCUUUAGUUAUAGUUUGAACUUCAAUUUUAUGGGCAUGAAAAAUAAAAGGUUCAAGAAAUUUUGAAUGAAUUUGAGUAGAAAGUAUUAUCCGUCUAUAUACUCUACCACAACCAGGAACUGAUUAAAUCAAGAUGUUUUUUUAUAUUGUAAAUAUUUAAACAUUGUAAUUAAGUCAUUAUCAUCUAUCGUUCAUCGUCUAGUUCAUAAGGAUAAAUCACCCUCAUUGAAACAAACUCUCAAGCUCAGUGUAUUUUAUAACGUGUUUUAAUGCACAGAUUUUUGCACGAUAAAGUACCAUAGGUCAAUUUUUCUACAGUAUGCCAUAUUUUGAGAUUUUAAGAAAUAAUGUCUUUAGCAAGUGUUAGGUUUAACUUAAAUCUCCAGACUUGCCGCUCAUUGCUACGAAAAAUAAAAUCAUCAAUCAAGUAGCAUGUACUACUACUAAGAACCCUAGAUAGUUGUAAAGUCUGUUAAAAAUAUGACUGAUUUAACAUGGGAAUCUUUGACCCGACAUUAUUUUUGAGUAAGUUGCUUGAUAAGAAAAUACUUACAGUGAUUGUGUACAUGUAGUUUGACAUAAUUGAAAGCUUUUGUUUAUCAUUAUUUUAUCGUCUAAAAUUAUACAUAUUAAAACAUAAAGGUUAGAAAAUCUAGUAGGUAUAAAUGGAGAGAUGUCCACUUUCAGGUAAGAUGGGUAUCAUGGUCCAAGUGGCUCUGAUUCUAAUAAGGGGUAAUAAAGAUCACUAAAACAGAAUCCAUUGGCUGAUUUGGUUUGUAUUGGUACAUUUGCCUAUAUGAUAACACUCAUUUUCAUAUCAAACUUGCAAGACAUCCCCUGAAUGUUUUCUCAAAUAAUAAUUGUUUGAAAUGCAUGAAAGUAAGUUAUUUUAAAAAAUGUAUAUUUCAUUUUUUGUUGUACACACUAUUGAUCGAAUUUGUCUUGUAUGUCCAUGUACUGUGAAAAGAUACACCUGCCAUACAGUCAUUAAAAAUGGCAAGACUAUCAACAGCCAAGGUCAAAGAAUACCAUCUGGCCGUGAAAAAUUCUCUUGUAAAUGGUAUCAGUCUAAUGGCAUAGUCAAAUGUGAUGUCUAAUAAAGUAAAUAUUUUGAAAGAAAAGUUAAUCUUUGUCCUUUUUAGAAGUCUAUAACAAAAUGGCUUUUUUUUUAAAUGAGUAUAUUUAUAACACUAAAAAUCAGUCUAUCUGUUUUUAUACUUGUUGAAUGACCAGGGAAGUUGUAGACAUGCAUUUCUACAAGCCAUUAUUGUAAUGAUUUGUUUAUUAUCCUAUAGAAAACUAAUAUUCUGGUAGAAUUCUACUGCAAUGGAUCCAUAUCCAGAUCUCAAAACUGCUUUUUAAAGGAUGUAUUUGUCAGUCAAUUGUUAUUAAAAUAUUGUAUUUUUAACAAAUUUUGAUCAGGUGUACGUUUUUAACUAUGCUUUCAGUUCCAUUACCAUCUUUGCUUGAUUAGGCAAUAGAUGAGUUAGAAUCAACAGUGGACUUGGAGUUAAAACAGAGAAUUUUAAUAAAAUGUCUUUUAUCUAGUA